AGAUCGUCGCGUUGCCAACUUAGAGGCGUGGGUACAUUAAUGGUGGUUGAUGUCGGUAGCGGCGAUUAGGUUUACAAAAUGUACUCAACGGCUUAAAAUGCUGAGUAAAUAGCGCGAAGGUCCCCUAAGAAAAUAUCCCCUCAGGUUUGUUGUGUUAGGAGCUGGAGACAUACACUUGCGUGUUCGUUUGCAAUUGGAUAGCAUUACCGCCGUCAUCUAAUAUUAACUUGCAACCCACUUCUGAGAGUCUCUUAUCGACUAGCCUGCCCGUCCGCAUCCUUGGAAUCCAGUUCUACCACAUACCGGCGUGGUAUUUCAUUUAGCUUGUCUCCAUAUGUGUCAUCCACAGCUGAGGACGUUGGUUUUUGUAGGGUGGGUGAUUGGCUACGUCGCCUUUCUAGUCGCCAUACGAAGAAUGUGGACAGUGAAAUACACGCGAAGUCCCCUCGCCCGCUCUCUGUUCAUGAAUAUGGUCGGCGAAAACGAUUCGGCCGCAAUCGAGACACAACGGUGGUACCGAUGCUCUCCGGACUUGCUUGGAGAAACGCUGAGGCCAUUGUUUGUCCAGAGCCACUUGGACCCUGACACAAGGGCUUUUCUCAGGCAGAGUAUAGAGAAGUCUGGUUGGCUGUUCACUCAACUCUACCAUUCUUUUGCAUCAACAGUCCUAAGCCGUAUGAUGUCACGCACCUCCAUCAAUGGGUUGCUGGGUCGUGGCUCUAUGUUUGUGUUCUCCGCGGAACAGUUUCACCAAUUGCUGCGCAUAACUCCAGAGUGGAGGGCAGAGAGACUGCUGGACCUAGGGGCUGGGGACGGUGGUGUCACAGAAGUGAUGGGAAGCCAUUUCAGAGAGGUCUAUGCCACAGAGGUUUCACAACCUAUGAAAUGGCAUCUCCAGAGGAGGAAUUACAUAGUGCUGGGUAUAGAUGAGUGGCCGCAGAAGGGGUUCAAGUAUGAUCUGAUCAGCUGUCUGAACCUGUUGGACCGCUGUGAAAAUCCUCUGGAUCUGCUCAGAACCAUGAGGCAGUCCUUAGUUCCUGGUACGGGAAGAGUCAUCCUGGCUGCAGUGCUGCCCUUCCAGCCCUAUGUGGAAAUAGGGGGGAAAUGGCAACGACCCAAGCAAUACCUAAGAGUGAAAGGGAAAACCUGGGAGGAGCAAGCAACAAAUCUGUCCAAUGAGGUGUUCCAAGCAGCAGGGUUUGAGGUAGAAGCCGUCACACGGUUGCCGUAUCUCUGUGAGGGGGACAUGUACAAUGAUUACUAUGUGCUCGAUGAUGCAGUGUUUGUUCUCAAGGCUUUAGAGGAUUGAAAAGUUUGUUUGUUCAGCACAUAAUCAAACAUGCUGUGUUUUAUCUCUCAAAGAAUACCAAAUGAACCGAGGGUCAGAAGCCCAAGUUGUGCAAAUGUAAGUGUCUUUUUAGGCUGUUGCUCCUAAAAAGCGGUUAGUACCUUUUAUGGAAAAUUAAUUUAGAAACACUGUAAAAAAUGUCUGGUUUGAAGCUCAGGGAGCUUUUAUUUGUACCAGCCAUCUUGUUUGAGAGUAUUAGCUCUUUUCAAGCAAAAAAAAAAAAGUCAAAACAUCUCCCUGUGAAAUGCCAUAUGAAUAUGUCAAAACAUCUACCUGUGAAGUGCGAUAUUAACUCAUCGCGAAUCUGUAAAGGAAAUGAAAUCCUCAUAGACAUAUCUCAAUGGAAGUGGUGUCUGUUGUGAAAAGCAUUUUGUGUGACAAGUGUUUAGUAUCAGUGGUGUUUUUUUUUCUUUAUCAUUCCUUUAUCCACACUGCUCAACCCGCAAAAACAGUCAUAAUUUGUACUUGUGAAGGACCAACAAACACAAAUCAUCACUUUAAACUGGGCUAUUUUUACUAAAUGUUACAAUUGAUAACUUGAUAGUAUUGGUGGUGAAAGCAGUAUGAGGCCUUUAUUCAAGUCGAUAUCAUGCAUCUCUAGAAUGUUGUUUAACUUGGGUCUAUAAAAUGUGCCAUAUUUGGUAUAAUUGCACUGGAAGACUGACUUCAAAAACAAAUAAAUAUUUUAUUGUG